AUGGCCCUUCAAAAUCGAGAUUUACUCAUAGCCAGCGUUGGUGUAUUUAUCGCGUGGGGCUUGGUAGUGCGCUGGCUGCCGAUCCUGCGCUAUCUGGGAUGGGCACUAGCUUUGGGCGUUGCACUGUCUUGCGCCAUUUUCCUAGGCCUACUACUCUUGACGACGCGAAACCAAACCGAAAGAGCCCGUUUACCGAAAAAGGUCUCAGUCGCAUUCAUCAAACCCAAUAACUGGCGGAAAGAGCUCUUCAAUGUGCGAAAGACUACACGAUACCGACCCCGACCCCUCUAUCCUGAGUCGUUUGUUGUGUCCGAAGGAUUUGACGAACUGCUGUCUCUUGUGACUCGGGAUUUUGUCUCAUCCUGGUACCAAAAUAUUAGUCCAAGUCCUAUCUUUGCAAAUGAAAUCGAUAAAGUCAUUCGCAUUGCUCUGGAGAAUUUUCGUGAUAGACUACUCGCCGAGGACCUGAUCUCAUUGAUCGUGUCCCGCAUAUUUCCAAUCUUGACCUCUCACCUCAAAGAUUUCGAUAUAGCCGAGCGCGCCGUCCGCGGACGGAACCUGAGUCGAAAUGUGACAGAAUCUGAGGAGCUGGACUUGGCGAUUGCCAACAAGUUCCGCGAGGGUCGCCUUCAUCCGGCUGUCGGUCUCUCCUCUGUUGACCAAAAAACCGUACAGCAAGAAUAUCUCAGAAAGAUUGCCGUGGGUUUACUCCCCCAGCUCUUUCCAGAGAGCGUGCUAAGGAGCAGGACCGUUUCUGUCCUGAUUCGUGAGAUCAUCGCUUGUGCGAUUCUUGUUCCAGCCAUGACGGCAUUGUCAGAUCCCGACACGUGGAAUCAGCUGAUGGAGGCUUAUGGACGCUCGGCUUUGCAAGAUAGGAAAACCGUCCGCAAAUUACGGGCUGCACUCGACGAGCAUGCAUCUCCUGCCCCCAAGUCUAAGCGGGGGCAACCGUUCCCUAAGCUUUUAGCAAAUGAUAACGAAAGGGCCUUUGAGCGCUUUGUCAGAGCGAUAAGACGCUGCAGCAACUUAUCUGAUGCUCGAAGGUUUCGAGCACUGGUUGCUAGCCAGUUGAAGAGAGAAAGCAUGGUGGAAGGGCAAGAUCAAGUCUACCUUAGACGCCUGGAAACGGGUAAAAGGGUUCUGGAUCAAAAGGUCGCCAAACUUUCUGUACCAGGAGAGUCCUCACAUAUGCCUCCUGUGAAGUCCAGACAUACUCGCCAUGGUAGUUCUUCUACAUCACAUGAGUCUUCUCUGGUAGAUGUAUUGCGUAAUGCAGCUGGUUUAUCAUAUUUCAUGGAGUUCAUGGACCGUCAAAGAUUAAUGCCCCUAGUCCAGUUCUGGAUAGUGGUGGACGGAUUUCGAAAUCCGUUGGAGGAUGACUUUGGAGACGAGACUGCGUCGGCCUCAGUGACAUGGACGACUGCCGAUAGAAAUGAUUUGGCGCUUCUUAGUGAAACAUAUCUCAACAAACCAGAACUCAAGGUCUCCGAUGAGUCGCGUCGAACAGUCAAAACAUUCCUAAGUGCGGGCAAGCGAGCAACUCCAGAGCAAUACCGCAAAGCUCGAACUGUGGUCCUGACCACCCAGUCAGAUGUGCUUGAACAUAUGAAGACUGUCUACUAUCCAAAGUUCAAGGAGUCAGAUUUGUACUGGAAAUAUCUUGCGUCAGAUGAGGCGUCGAACUCCAAUGAGCCAGCUCCUCCUCCAUCCCCGCCAGCAGCUACUCUUGAGCCCCGAGAGAGGCGGCCUCUUCCUCCUAUUACUGCUCGGACAUCCUCACAGCCGGCCAUGAAGCCGGUCAUGGACCUUCGCAGAGCUGCUGUUUCAUCAAGCGAUGUGCGAGGCAUGGGCAAGCUGUUUGACGACGACGAUGCACCUCGACGAUCUAUAGAUUCCGAACGGUCGGCACAUCUUUUUGAUGACGACUAUGAUACCGAUCAGCUUGCCAUGUCUACCAAUAGCCUAGGGAAAGACUCACAAAAUGGUGAUAAUGAUACAAGCCAAAGCCAGGUUCUUGAAACCAUGGAAGCCGCUCUCAAUGACAUUAUCAUCAACGAGCCCAAGAAUCCAAGAGUAGAGGACCUCAAGGGGAGUGAUCUCUCAUCCUCAUCCCUCUUUGGAGGGCAAUCCGAAAUCACCACUCGUGGCUCGCCCGACAUCUUGCGAGCUGACGUACGCAUCAAUGAGAAGUCGAAAAAAAGCAUCGCAUCUCUGGGUCUAGUAGACCACCAUGCAUCACGACUUGGUGUGUUUGACGACGAUCUUUUCCCGGAUCAACAGAAGUUCAUUGAAGAUGAGUACGAGGAACCAGUCGGUGGCGAAGACAGGGACCCAGCAGACGAAGUCCAUGAAGCUGCGCCAGGCGAUCUUGGACUCACUGAAGCGAUCGAGGUAUUGACUACCGAAAUCGACAAACUGACUGCGCAAGAUUCUGUGGUCGACGCGUUGACCCGCAAGGCCGAAUUGACGAAUAACACGGCUGAGUUGAGAAUUUUGCGCAAGUCUAAGGCCAGCAUUGAACGCGAGGUCCACCGGAAGGAGAUGCAACGCCAGCAAUACAUCAUCCAAGAAAGUGAUAACAGUCUAUACGGGCGUUCCACAGUCCGCAUCAAAUCCAUCAUGGUCGGCAAAGAGGAGGAUGGCCGGGAAUUCGCAACGUAUGUUAUCGAAGUUCGACGAAAUGCUGGUGAACAGAUGCCUGCAGCUUCCUGGGCGGUUCCUCGUCGCUACAGUGAAUUCCACGAGCUUCACCAGAAGCUGCGCCUGAACUAUCCUUCAGUUCGCCACUUGGAAUUCCCUCGCCGGCGCGUGGUCAUGAAGCUCCAAAAGGAAUUCCUUCAAAAACGGCGGCAAGCUCUAGAGGGAUAUCUUGAAAAACUGCUUCAUCUACCCGAAGUUUGCCGCAGCCGUGACUUGCGUGCGUUUCUCUCCCAAAGGGCAAUUCUGCCUCGAGAAGAUUCACGCAGCAGUGAAGGUGAUACUAAGGAUCUCGUCACGCGCAUUUAUAAUUCCGUUGCCGAUGGCAUGGACGACUUCCUCGGCAACUUUGGUGUGCUCGAUCAAUUGUCAACGGCAGGCCAGAAUCUCAUCUCGGCCGCCACAAACCAGGUGAACAUCAACACCAGCACUGCCCACGACCCCGCUCUCGCAACUGAAGAUGCCGUCACUACGGCCGAAGCCGAAGCCGAGCUGAAUGCAUUCGAAGACCGUGAGCUCGAACCCUUCAUCAAGCCUGUCUGCGAUCUCUUCCUAGAGGCCUUUGAGCUGAACCGCGGAAACAACUGGCUGCGCGGCCGGGCCGUUGUUGUCGUUCUGCACCAACUCCUUGGUGGUACCAUUGAGCGCAAGGUGCGGGACAGUGCUCGCUCUUUAUUCCAAGACGAGUCAAUGAUGCGAUACCUCGCUAUCGCUCGCGAUUCUAUGUGGCCCGGUGGUAUUUUGCGCAAGUUCCUGCCACGAUCUAUGGCCGACCGACACAAAAGUCGCACCGAGGCCACCGUCGUCCUGGCCACUCUUAUCCCCGAUCUGGCUGCUAGCGUUGUUGGCCGUGCCAAUGCCCAAGCUGCUUCCCGUCGGCUCUUUGCUACCUUGAAUAAUAAACCCCUCAACACACAUCUGGCCUUUACUCUUCUCGACGAGAUCGUCUUGGCCCUCUUUGGCAGUCGGGAGCCCGGUCGCUCCCGCUAA